AUGUGGAAUUUUCCACGAGCGAUAAUAAAACUAGACAAUCGCAGUGUAGAACCGACACCAGAAUUUUUGCAUGAAGUAGACAGAAUAUUAAGUUUACCAAUAGAAAAUCAGUAUGAACAGUUCGAAGAACUAUUUUCAAACUAUGGGCAUGUUAUUGCAAUAGAAUUAACCAUUGGAGGACAACUGUAUCAUACGGAUAUGCGAGAAAAAGAAGGUGCAAUCGAUGAAACACAACAUGUAGAAGAACGAAAACAAGAAUUUAAAGCAGCUGUGAAACAAGUACCUGUAGCUGCUGGUGUAGUCAUGGAAGUUGAAGUCGGAGCUGCUGCGGGUACAAACAAUGAAGUUAGAUCUCGACAUGAAGAUGAUCGACAAACGAUGAGUACGAAUUUUCAAACAACUGGCGGUAAUACGACAUUAUGUCAAGACCCUGGUAAAUGGGUCUCAACAAUCGAAAAUUUUCUAAAUUGGCGAGUUAUAAAUAUCGAAAAGGCAGUACCAGUGUAUAAAAUAUUAGACAAAGAACGACAAAAUCAAAUUGAAUCCGUGUUGACUCGUCAGCAGUCAAAACCAAUUCCAUUAACUGAGACGAAUAUUUACAGAUAUCCACAGGUCUUGGCCGACGAAACACAAUUGGAUAAUCCUUCCAUACCAUUGCCUAUAACUGGACACGUUAUUAUUAUAACCAUCGGAUAUUUAUUAUUUGCAACAACUGGUAUAACAGUGGCCCAAUUUGACUCUGAUGGUCAACAAAAACAAGGAAAAUGUCCCGAUGAUCUUAAGUGGAAUUCGAAUGGAAUAACAGUUGUUGGAAGUGAUACAGCUGGGACAUCGUCGAAUCAGUUAAAUGGACCACGUGGUUUAUUUUUUGAUCAAAAAACACAAAUUUUAUACAUUGCCGAUAGAGAUAAUCAUCGUAUACAACAAUUACUACCAAAUGGUCAAAUAAAGACAAUAGCUGGAGAUCCAAAUGGUACUCCAGGAAACAGUAGUGAUCGAUUAAAUCAGCCAUCAGCUAUUUAUGUUGAUGAAAAUCAAAAUUUAUUUAUUGCUGAUACCAACAAUCAUCGCGUACUAAAAUGGGAGAAGAACUCAUCAAGUGGAAUUACUAUGGCAGGUGAAACAGGAAAUCCAGGUUCAGGUUUAGAUCAAUUAAAUAGUCCUCAAGCAAUAUGGGUUGAUUCAAAGAAUAAUUUGUACAUUGCAGAUUUAAGAAAUCAUCGUGUGAUGGAACGGUCACCUCAAUCAGAAGGUAUAGUGGCAGGAGGAAAUGGACAAGGUGAUUUACCGAAUCAAUUGAACGAUCCUGUAGGAUUGUAUUUUGAUGAAUCAAAUAAUGAUUUAUAUAUUUCAAAUUAUCUUGGUCAUUCAAUAACAAAAUGGAAAAUAGGUGAAAAACAAGGUACAUUUAUUGCUGGUACGCCUGGUAAGAAUGGUACCAGUUCAACACAAUUUUUUAGUCCAUCUACCGUAGCAUUAGAUACAAAUGGUAAUAUGUAUAUUGCUGAUACUUAUAAUCAUCGUGUUCAAUUAUUUUGUCAUGGUUUAUCAAAAGAAGGUAAAACAAUUGCUGGUAUAACAGGUCAAAGUGGUAAUAAUCCUAAUCAAUUAAAUUUUCCUCAUGAUUUGGCAUUAGAUACACAAACAUUAGAUUUAUAUAUUGCUGAUAGUGAUAAUAAUAGAAUACAAAAAUUUUCUUUUAUUUCCUCAUCAUCAAAAAGCAUAAAAACAAUGAUAGAACGACAAUUGAUAUUAGUGUUAAUAAUAAUAAGCUUUGUUUUAUUUUAUUGA